AUAUACCAGAUGGAAAAAAAAAGACUUCACUGCAGUCUAUCAAAUGACUCAGCAGUCCUCCGAAUCGGGGAUGCAAUCUAAAGAUUUUGGGACGUACCCUCUGCCUCCUCAUCAUCACAGACCAACAACACAGAUAUAUAAUCAGCUCUCUGCCUCCUCGGCAUCACAGACCAUCAUCACAGACCAACAACAACAACAACAAGAACGACAGCGUCCUUAGUCACCACGUCACCAAGCUUCUGCAACUUGGGCCAGAGAACUUCAGAUACAUUUCACUGUACCUCUAUAGGGAGUUAUGUGGAGGAUUUUCCUGAUGGUCAGUCUGCUCUGCUGGAGCGCUGAUGGACAAGACGUGACAUGCAGAGACAACAACAACGGAGAAGUGGACUGGUACAUCAUGUACAAGGCACCCAAACUGAAUAACAUCGGAACUAAGGGUUUGGAAUAUAUUUACAUUGAUCCAAAAGGGAAGAAGACCUCUAAAGAUCACAAUAAGCUCAUCAACAAUACUAACGGUGUCCUGGCAAACACCCUCCGGCCCCUUUUUAAACCAACCACAUCAAUGCCAGCAGACUUUGGAUUCAUCAGCUACAGCGACCAACCUCCAGAUGGAAAGGGUGUUCCUGAUAAGUUUGGUCACAGUAAAGGACUUGUGAUGAUGGAUAAAGCCAAGACAGGAGUCUGGCUCUUACACAGCGUACCAAAGUUCCCUUUCAAAAGAGAUAAUAACUUCUAUCCAACCAGCGGAUCAGUGUAUGCUCAGACGUUUAUCUGUGUAACAUUCAACUACAACCAGUUCAACAAGAUAGGUCAACACCUGCUGAACAUCUCAGCUUACCCGUUUGAUCAUCAUAUUCCAACUGACUUUUAUAAUGAGCUUAAGGAGGCUGCAAAUAAAUCAUCGGGCAACAGAAUACCAGGAGAGAUAAUCCAGCACCUGACAUCAGCAGGAGGAACACAGUUUCGUAGCUUUGCUAAGAAACUGUAUAAAGAAGAAGAAAGGCCACAACAAGGAAUAUACGAAGGAGAUCUUUACCUCACUAUUGCAAAGGAAUACAACACUGAUGUGAAAGUCCAAACCUGGCCCUGCAAUCAAGACAAGCCAUACUGCGAACAAAAUCAACCCCAAGUGAUCAAUAUUAAAUCUGUAAAAGCUGAUUUGGGUAACGGGGAAGUUAAGUGGGAGGUUGAGUGGAAGGCUGGUAAUGAUCAUGCCAAGUGGUGUGUAGCUAAAGAUAAUAAUAAUCAUUUGAUCUGUAUCGCUGAUGUAAACAGAGCACUCAAACAAUACACAAGGCCGGGGGGGGCACUGUGCUUUAAUCAUCAACAGGUGAGUGAACUAUUUAAAGGUCUUAUUAAUCAAACUGAGGAUUGCUCCAGUAAGCUCCCCCGUGUCUGGGACCCAGACUGUGACCCUGAUGCUGGAUCAUUGAGUGGAGGGAUAAAUAAGCCUCUCCCUUUGAGUCCAGUUUUGUUUGGGCCUUUGUGUGCUUUGAUUUAUCAUUUUCAAAUGAUUAUAAAUUGACAUAUAUUUCUGAAUCCAUAGUUUAAUACAAACGAGGGUGGACAGAAAUAUCAAUGAUUUAAAGAAUUCUAAUGGCUACCAACUGUCACUGUUAAUUGGAUGUGAUAAGUUAGUAAUGACAAACCGAUUACAAAAGUAAACAUAUACAUAUUGUACACACGGAGGAGUUGGAGAACCAGGGUGCAUUUGGGUAAGACUGGUAUCGUUUGAAAAUAUUCAAUAACAAAAUUAAAUCCAGUUCCUUUGUGACAAAAAUUUAGAAAAAAAUCCAAUUUACCACAAAGAAAUAACUUUACAGUACACUUAAAUCUUGUGUUGUCCUCCCGGCUAAAAAAAUGUUGACACUUUUUUCAGAAUGUUUUUUGCAUUUUCUUCAGCCACUUUUGUAGACGUUUUUGUUGCAUUUUUUUGUUUAUAUUUUUCUGAUGUUUUUCUUGUUCUUUUGCCAUUUUGUCGCUUUUUUCACACUUUUUUCGACAUUUUUGUCACUUUGAUGUUUUCUACGCUUUUUCCCCACUACCACCAGUAUAUACACACCACUAACAUCAAAUUGUGACUAGUUUUACACUUAUUCUUGUAAUUCAUGGUCAAUAAACUUCAUUUAUAUGAAAUCAUACCACAUUGUUGAGUUUAAA